AUGCCGCCUAGCAUUGUCGCGACACGUGGGGAGCAGCUUGGGCGUUUGAAGUUGCAAUUCCAUGGCCAAGACGGAACUGGAUGCGAGAGAUCGCAUUAUAUUCCUCGGCACUGUCUCGAGGAAUUUUGGGAGGCCCACAGCAUCAGCGCGAUAUUGAGGGCGUGCUCCAUCAACAAACCCCAGAAUGUCAUUUUCCAGAGCUUCUUGUGCACCUUCUCCCUUCUCGUGUACAUCAACAAGGUCGACUUCCUCGGGUGGCUCGUCGAACGCAACCUAAAGGACGCUACCUUUCCACUAGAAAGCCGUCCCUCAUUCUGGCCUGAUACACCAUCGUAUGACAAGCUCUUCGAGGCUAUCACCGAAUGGCAGUGGAUCUUCUUCCCCGUCACCUUGGAGCAGCACGAGCUUUACAAUCAAGUCUUCAGCCCUCAGUACAUCUUUCCAAUUUGCACGGAGGAGCUCAUUAAAGCUGGCGACACGAUCCAAGUCCACAAGAUUGAAACGAAUCCGUCUUGCGCAGGCUCCGACCCGGCCACUCGCGUCCGAAAGACCUACAAUGAAUCCGGCAAAGCCCAAUACGAAAGAGAAGUAAAAACUUUCACCAGUCUGCAAAGCCGUUCCUCUCCCUACAUCAUCAGCUAUCAUGGCUGCUACCAACAACAACGCCUAGACGGCACCAUCACAUACAAUCUGAUAUUGGGGUUUGUCGACGGCGGAAACUUGGAAGAAUUUUAUACCGACAUGAAUCCGCCCCGCUCACUACCCGACACUAACAAGAUCUGGAAUGCCUUCUGUGGUGUAUUGGAGGGAUUGCACCAUCUCAACUUUGCUGCUAUCGACACCAACUUCCAGACAAUUCACCAGGACAUCAAACCCGACAACCUUCUCGUCUCCAAGUCCGCAUCAAGCCAGCCCUACGAUAUUGAGCUCGUCAUCACAGAUUUCGGAUACAGCCACACCAAAACUCUGACGACCGGCCAAGACACGUGGGGUAUCGACUCACACGGAGGCCAGGUCUACGGUGCCCCGGAAUCUAGCCACCAUGCAGAUUACACCCGUCACGGACGAACUCACAUCACCCCCAAAGUCGACAUCUGGUCCCUCGGAUGCGUCAUGAGCGAGGCUGCGAUUUGGAUCAAGUGUGGUCGGCAGGGUUUGGAAAAUUAUCGAAACGGACGCAUCGCCGAAACGAGGACACUGCCCAGGUUUGAUCAAGCCGGUCACGGUGGAUGUUUCCAUGACGGUGCCCAGGCCCUGAGUGCCGUGCGAACGACCCAUGACUGGAUUCGCAACUACUAUCCAGACGACACUGUUACCCUCCAGGUGCUCGAAAUGAUCGAGACAUCCAUGCUGGUCCCGCAAAGAGAUCGACAAGACGCCCAAAUGCUCUGCGAACGACUCGCCAAGAUCAUACAGGGCGCCUCCUCGGGUCAUGGCAGCAACUCACCGCCGUCCAGCUCACCACCAGCCAGAUCAUCAACCGUCAGAUCCUCAACAGUCAGAUCACCAACAAUCAGAUCACCAAUAGCCAGAUCACCACCGACUAGUUCGCCACCGGCCAGCUCACCGCCUCGUCCCGUUUCUCUUAGUUUUCCCUGGACACCUUUGACGAGCCGUCGAUCCCAGACUACAACAACAUAUACGACCCCAGCCACUCCGCAAUCCCCCAUUUCUACUUCAAUAAUGGAAUCCCUGUCGCCUCUUUCACCUAGGGCUGAAUUGCCUGGAAGUCAGCCCAACGGAGUGCCCCAUCCUCAGUUCUUCGACUCUCCCACCCCAGCUCCACGGCCUGACUCACGACGCCUCCUACCAUUGUCCCCUAUCUUAACCUUUGAUCAAGCCCAAGAUUGGUAUAAUAAUGCCAAGAGCGGCUGUCCCGUUGACCCCAGGGUUAAAGAUGUCGUGGGGCAGCUUGGGAACAACGUCAAAGGUCGCGACCACAUCUUUUUGAUGGAUGUGUCACCAUCAAUGGGCCUACAUUUUCAUGAAAUCACGGAAAAAUUCAAGAUUCUUGCCUAUCUGGCUAAGAAGUUCGAUCCUGACGGUGUCGAAGUUUGCUUCUCAUCCGAAGUGCCAUUGAUACACAAGGGAGACACUUCAAAACUUCUACGCCUAUUCAACGAACAAAGUUGGGACCAGCUCUCCUUUGAAGACAGAAUCGGAACUUUCAUCGAUCAGAUAGUCAUUCCACGGCUAUCGUCCUUGCGACAGAAGUUUGGGCUGAAGAAACCUAAAAACCUCACCAUCUUCGUCCUGACCGACGGCCGAUGGGGCGAAGGCAAAGAAGGCGCCGCGGGCGUCGAGAACCCAAUUAAAAGACUUAUCAACGUGAUUCUCAAAAAGGAAUUGAGUCGUACCCAGGUGGCGAUUCAAUUCCUACGGUUUGGAGAUGAUUCAGAUGGCAAACGAUACUUGGCAUAUCUUGACCGCUAUGGCAAGCAAUACGACUGUGACUGUGUUGAUACAAAACCUAUUGACGGAAACAUCUUUGACAUGUUUAUCGGGCCCAUUAAUGCUAAUAUCGACACGGCGGAUGAGGAUGAACUUUGA